GUUCAGCAUGCUGCUGGUGCAGUAGGAUGUGAGUGAAAGCCUUGGUUCAGCAUGCUGCUGGUGCAGUAGGAUGUGAGUGAAAGCCUUGGUUCAGCAUGCUGCUGGUGCAGUAGGAUGUGAGUGAAAGCCUUGGUUCAGCAUGCUGCUGGUGCAGUAGGAUGUGAGUGAAAGCCUUGGUUCAGCAUGCUGCUGGUGCAGUAGGAUGUGAGUGAAAGCCUUGGUUCAGCAUGCUGCUGGUGCAGUAGGAUGUGAGUGAAAGCCUUGGUUCAGCAUGCUGCUGGUGCAGUAGGAUGUGAGUGAAAGCCUUGGUUCAGCAUGCUGCUGGUGCAGUAGGAUGUGAGUGAAAGCCUUGGUUCAGCAUGCUGCUGGUGCAGUAGGAUGUGAGUGAAAGCCUUGGUUCAGCAUGCUGCUGGUGCAGUAGGAUGUGAGUGAAAGCCUUGGUUCAGCAUGCUGCUGGUGCAGUAGGGUGUGAGUGAAAGCCUUGGUUCAGCAUGCUGCUGGUGCAGUAGGAUGUGAGUGAAAGCCUUGGUUCAGCAUGCUGCUGGUGCAGUAGGAUGUGAGUGAAAGCCUUGGUUCAGCAUGCUGCUGGUGCAGUAGGAUGUGAGUGAAAGCCUUGGUUCAUCAUGCUGCUGGUGCAGUAGGAUGUGAGUGAAAGCCUUGGUUCAGCAUGCUGCUGGUGCAGUAGGAUGUGAGUGAAAGCCUUGGUUCAUCAUGCUGCUGGUGCAGUAGGAUGUGAGUGAAAGCCUUGGUUUAGCAUGCUGCUGGUGCAGUAGGAUGUGAGUGAAAGCCUUGGUGAAAACCGGACCAAGACUGCCCGGACGGUCUGGUUUUUCAAAAUAAAACUUUGAUGAAUCACUCCCCAUUUAAGAAAAAAUGUGAAGCCUAAAUUUUCGGAAAACAUUUCUAAAAAAAUUCUUAAUACCGACACUUUGAUGAUAGAGGCCAGCGUGCCUUUGUAUAUCAGGCAUCUCAUCCCUGGAAUUCAUUGCCUUGAAACAUAAAAACUAUUUUUAAUCUGACCAAGAUUGCAAAUCCUGUAAAUACUGACUAUGACCAAGAUCAUGGGAAUUUGAUUUUUUUUUAUACUCUUAUUUUGUACUUAAUGUUUUUACUGAUUGUUUUAACUAGUUUUGUCCAGUUUGAAUGAUUAGUCUCUUUUUGCCGUUGAUUUUUAUAAUCUUAUGUUUUGCUGCCAUGUCUUUACAGAACCCCUUUGAAAAUGAGGUGUCUAUAAACAAAUUUGAAAAGUUCUCUUCUCCAUCUCUCCACCCUUUCUCACCCUACCUCCUUCCCCCUCUCCACCUCCCUCUGCCCCCUUACCACUCCCUCUCCCUCUCCCCCUUACCACUCCAUCUCCCCCUUACCUCUCACUCCCUCCCCCCUAAUUUUAACCCUCCCCUUCUCCCUCUCCAUCUCCCCAUGUUGUGCGUUCUCUCUUUGUCUCUCUCUUUCUCUGCGUUCUGCCCCGCUCUUUGCACAGUAAGACCCGUCUGAAAUCGGGAUGGAGAAGACUGUGAAGGACCACAUAAUAGACACCUUAGACGCCCUAGACGAAGAUGGGCUGAAAAGGUUCAAGGACGAGCUGGGCGAAACAACGAUCCAGGGGCGCAAAAUCCCCAGCCGGAAGCUUAAGAAAGCAGGAAUCGUUGAAGUAGCUGGUUUGUUAAUCAGUACCUUCACCAAAACGCACCCCGCUGAGGUCACAAUAUCCAUUUUAAAUGCCAUUAAUGAGGUCGACCUGGCCGAAGAGUUGCAAGGAAAGACUAGUGCAGAUCUCCCAACAAGAACUCCUACUCCCCCUCCUACCUCGCCACCUCCAGCCUCUCGUAAGAUGACUUUGAAGGAGCUUCUUGAAGAACCUGCUGGACCAUCCCGAAUACCAAUAGAACUAAAGGUUAUGAAAAUAGAGCCACCAAUCACCUUCACAAAUCAGAAAAAUGAAACUAAACAGGUUGUGGUUAUAACAUUUGCUGAUCCAACUGAUAUAAUCCAAGGAAGACUUGAUGAUAUGGCCAAAAUAAAGGAACUCGAGGAAGAAAAAUGUAUACUUCUCAGAGGCUACAUCAUUGCUAAAGACACUAAACAUCAAAUAACCACACUGGUCCUCACCAAAAGAACAAAGUUUUCAACAACAGCAAGUUUUGAUGUCAGCAGCGAAGUACUGGAAAGGAUGCAGCCAGUUCCACUAAUUAAAGCAAACACCAGGAGAGCCAAGAAACCCAUAACCAUAGAAGGCAAAAUAACAAGCGUAGGAAAAGUGGAACGGGUAACUGAGAAAGGAAACAAAGUGCCUAUAAAAAACAUCACGAUCAGAGAUUCGACAGCCCAAAUCAAACUUACCCUCUGGAAAGAUAAAACCUGCAUACCAAUCCAACCAGGAGACUACAUCGAAGCUACAAACAUUGUGUUAAACAGUUACCUGUCUAACAACACUACAUGGUUAUCAACCAUUCAGGUAAAAGAGGACCCAGAAAAAAAGAAGUCGAGAAGCAAGGUGACGGGCACAGCAACAGCAACAGCAAGCGGCUCUAACACCUGCUGAAAAUCACAACCACCAACUACCCCCGACACAAAGAGAAUGGGGAGGAUGAGCAAGUCAA